AACAAAUUGAGGACAAAUUUGCAUCAAUGCAAAUGGAUUGGAUACCUACGGUGAAAUUUUUCCAAAAUAUUGAGCUCCCAUUUUCCCGAAGUCUCUCCAUUCUUACUGAGAUAAUCAGAUAAAUCAGUUGAAUCGCCAGUAGAUCGCACUUCAAUUAUGUCACCUAUGAGGAGAAUACUUUCUCUGAAAAGGACUGCUUUGGUUCGGCAUCCCACUGAGAAAUUUGGUAUAGUUGGUAGAUUUUUCAGUACCCAGACUGCAACGACUUCGACUACCCCACAGCCUCCACCGCCUCCACCACCUCCGGAGAAAACUCACUUCGGUGGCUUGAAAGAUGAGGACCGUAUUUUCACAAAUGUAUAUGGAUUGCAUGAUCCGUUUCUCAAAGGUGCCAUGAAACGAGGAGAUUGGUAUAGAACAAAAGACCUAGUACUCAAGGGAACUGACUGGAUUGUCAAUGAAAUCAAGAAAUCUGGACUUCGUGGGCGUGGUGGUGCUGGAUUUGCCUCUGGUCUUAAAUGGUCCUUCAUGCCAAAGGUUUCUGACGUUCGUCCUUCAUAUCUUGUUGUUAAUGCUGACGAAAGUGAACCUGGAACGUGUAAAGAUAGAGAAAUUAUGCGUCAUGAUCCACACAAAUUACUAGAGGGUUGUCUAAUUGCUGGAGUAGGAAUGAGGGCCAGAGCUGCAUAUAUUUACAUUCGUGGUGAAUAUGUGAAUGAAAGGUUGAACCUUGAGAAGGCCAGGAGAGAAGCAUAUGAGGCCGGAUUAUUGGGGAAGAAUGCAUGUGGAUCAGGUUAUGAUUUUGAUGUUCAUAUCCACUUUGGUGCCGGUGCUUAUAUUUGUGGUGAAGAAACAGCUCUUCUGGAGAGCCUUGAGGGGAAACAAGGAAAACCUAGGUUGAAGCCUCCUUUUCCAGCUAAUGCAGGUCUAUACGGUUGCCCAACGACUGUUACAAAUGUGGAAACAGUGGCUGUUUCACCCACCAUAUUAAGGCGUGGACCAGAAUGGUUUGCUAGCUUUGGCAGGAAAAAUAAUAGCGGUACAAAACUAUUUUGCAUCUCAGGACAUGUAAACAAGCCUUGUACUGUUGAAGAGGAGAUGAGUAUACCAUUAAAAGAGCUUUUAGAGAGACACUGUGGCGGUGUUCGUGGUGGAUGGGACAAUUUACUUGCAGUUAUACCAGGUGGUUCAUCUGUUCCUUUACUUCCCAAGCACAUAUGUGAGGAUGUGCUUAUGGAUUUUGAUGCGCUCAAAGCUGUGCAGUCAGGUUUGGGAACUGCAGCUGUAAUUGUGAUGGAUAAGUCAACAGAUAUUGUAGAUGCAAUUGCAAGGUUAUCUUACUUCUACAAGCAUGAGAGUUGCGGCCAGUGUACACCUUGUAGAGAAGGUACAGGAUGGCUCUGGAUGAUCAUGGAGAGAUUGAAGGUGGGAAAUGCAAAGUUGGAGGAGAUUGAUAUGCUACAUGAAGUGACAAAGCAGAUUGAAGGACACACAAUCUGUGCCUUAGGUGAUGCUGCUGCUUGGCCAGUUCAAGGUCUUAUCAGGCACUUCCGACCAGAGCUUGAGCGAAGGAUCAGGGAGCAUGCUGAGAGAGAGUUACUGCAGGCUGCUGCUUCUUGAUCCUUUUAUAUGGGGAAAUGCAAACUAGAUCCAGUUGAAUAAACUUACAAAUUUUGGAGAGAUAUUUUAGAAUGCCAUCCGUUCCAAGAAGCAGUGCGUUUAAUGUAAUGAUUGUACCAGACAAUACUUCAUUAAGAUUCUAUGAUUAUUUCUUGACGUGCCUAAAAAUUUGCCUCUUCUGUUUUGGCUACGAGGGUGAAAGAAUAUUUGUUAUCAGUUUGUCUGCUUAGAUAUUUUGGUCAAUAAGUUGAACUCCCUUAUGAUUUUACAACUCAUGCAUUGGGGGCUCACAUAUACUUCCAUAUAUGGGAGCCAUGCUUUGCAUGUUAAUCUGAUGAUCUCAGCCGGAAUCAGAGCUGUUCAAUUGCUGGGAUUAUUGAUCCCAAUUCCCUAUGGAAAAUUUAUAUAUGCAGUUCAUACGA